UGUAAAGUAGUUGUAAUGUGUCUUGUCAGUCACCGUUAGUUCUUCAAAACUAAUUAAAUCUUUCUUGUUUAAAAUUCAUUAAUAUACAAACAGCAAUUGUUUUCGAAGGCUAAUAACCAUCACUGCAGUUUUGAUGUGAUUUAAGGUCUUAUAAUUUUCCACACGAAAUAAAAUUAGAAUAUUUUAUGAAAGGUGCGUAUACGUUUGAAUUUUACUGUCCUAAUUGACUUUGUCUGGAAUACACUCUUAUAAAAAAGAUGCCUCGAAAGUCAUCCAUGUUGGGUGUUCUAUCGGCAUUCGCUUUUAUAACCAUCGUCUUUGCUCAACAAGGUGGUCAGGACGCGACUGCUAUGUCCGGCUGUCACCCCAUUGCUGACAUCAUUUUCCUUCUUGACGGAUCCGACAGCAUCUCCGACCAAGAAUUCGCCCAACAACGGGAUUUCGUCCGUCGAUUUGUGGAGAUGUCGGGUCAUGUUGGACCUGACAGUAUCCGGGUUGGCGUGGCGGUCGUCAGCAGUGGUAUCGGGGAUGAACUUCCGUUGUCCUCCAACAUGUCGAGGGAUGCGCUACUCGUGGGCAUUCAACGGUUGGCCCAGCCGCAAGAGGGCAGCCGGACAGACCUGGGUCUCGUGGAGAUGGAACAGCUCUUUACGGCUCAAGGUCGGCGGGGCGUUCUGCGGAUAGGGGUCGUACUGACGGACGGAAGGGCCAAGUUUGAGCGGGCGACUGAAGGGGAAGCACAGGUGGCUAAGGAUGGCGGAGUAUUUCUGGUGGCAAUCGGGGUCGGCCGCCUCAUCAAGACUGUUGAGCUGGAGAAGAUCGCGUCUACGAAGAACAACGCGUAUAACCUGGAGCCGCUGGAGCUGUCCACGCGCAUGUUGUACGAGACCGUCCAGUAUUUAGGGGCGGAGGCGUGUUCAGGUCAUUUUCUGGUUGAUCAGGUAAAUAAACCGGACCCUGGAACGCCCCACACUGCGUCAAAAGCAGGAAGUAUGGUGUCAGAAGCCCUAACAGCAACUGUAAUGGACUUACCAGUAGCAGCGACACCACUUGUAGCAACAACAGCAACAGGGACAAAAUCAACAACGAAUACAGAAACAACAUCCAGACUAACACCGAGACCUAAACGAACCCGUCCAACUUCAAUGGCAAUGGUGACCGAAGCUCUCGUGCAGCCCUCAACACGUGCACCUCCCAUCACAGUUGAAACAAUUCAAGAAAACGAACUGCCCUUUGCAAAGCCAAGCAUGGCGGAAAGCCAUGGGAAUACUUUAACUCAGAUACAACGGCUACUUAUACCCGACAUGGCCACUGGACCGAAUGAAAAUGGAUUUCAUGUCCCUGCUCAAACGGUUGAAGAAGCACUCGCUUCACUGCAGCGCAACGUACAUCCGGGCACUCAACCUGCUCAGCAGACGUUCGCUGAUAAAGUAAAGGAUAUAGCCAUGCAGUUUAUGGACAACCAGAUAUUUGGGCCACCAGCGAGUGAGCGAAUUUCCAUGGACGCGGGGCGCAACCGAGUGUACGUAGAGCCAGCACUUGGGGUUGGUCAGACUCAAAAGGUUACGAGUACAACGACUAGAAAACCAACACCAACAACCACCCCAAAAAUUAAAGCGCCUAUAAACAAAACGGAAUUCUUCAUAACAGAGCAGUGUUCCAAGGGUCACUUCAUAGAUGGCAUCUCGUACACGUACGUGGCGGACAGCUGUACGGAGUUCCUGCAGUGUUCCCAUGAUAACGGGCAGGUGCGCGUCCGUAGGAUUAGGUGCCCGUUCGAGACGUUCUUUGAUGACACGAAGACAGUGUGUCAGCACUACAGGAAAACAAGCUGCUGGAGGGACCCAUGCUACGACUUCACGGUACAUUCUUACGGGCACCCUGACCGUUGUCGCUCGUACUGGAGAUGUGAGGGAGGCAUGUCAGUGCCAACGUGCUGCGCAUCGGGAACUGUCUACACGCCAGAGGUUGGCUGCACGAGAAACACGAGCUGCGAGGACACGUGUAUGGACUUUGGCAGCAUCGACAAAAUGACAGCAACAUCGCAGUGCAAGAUGUUGGCGAUCCCUGAAGACCCGCACUUUUAUUUCGAGUGGGUGGCGGGGAUGGGUUGGCUGGUCCGCCGUUGUGCCCUUGGGUCCACCUUCAGUCAGGCCCAGUGCACGUGCAGGGUUACAAACGAGGUCAUCUCUCGGACAAAAUACACAGAACAUUUGGGUUGUCGGCCAGAGUUUUAUCUGGACUUCAAGGGGAGUAUCAAGGACAUGUCGGGGAACAACAUUUACAUGGGAAACACAAACGUCGCCCUGGACGGGGACACUGGCUUCUUCAACGGGGCCGCCGUCCUCACGCUCUGGAGGUUCUCAGGAAUGUCAUUUGGUGACAAAGUGACGAUUACGUUUCGGUUCCGGGUGAGCGUGACGGCACCCAAGGGGGAGCUGAUGCACCUGGUAUCAAACUGCUGCCACCAGUGUCGCGAGGAGCCCAAACCGUCCCUGGACAUCGCGAUCAUCCCGGGGGACCGGGGCGGCAUCGCCGUCUUCUCUAUCACGACCCGCGAGGCCGGGGAGACCUUUUUAUUUGUACCAUACAAGGACACGAUUACGGGGUGGAACUGGCUUCAUUUCCGGUAUGACGGACUCACUCUGUCCGGUGCCAUAAACCAGCAGUCAGCUAGCAGAGAGACCAUAGGGAGGCUGGAGGCCAAAACGGAGGCGCUGAUUAUCGGAGCGUGCGGACAGAAGGGCACCUUUAAUGGGUUCAUCGAUCAGUUCAAGUUUUACAUGUGUAAUCCUCGGUAGUGUUCGUCAGAAGCAAGGCUGUAGAACGUCAAGAACAUCGACUACGCAUACUUCUGAAGCUGCUGUCUAAAUACCUCCAAACUAAUGCAUGGAUUCUGAAACAUAAGCAAUCGCUAUAGUCAUGUUGUACCUAAAAACAAAUGCAUACUGCUAUAAAUUGAAGACGGAACGGUUCAGUGUGUGUAUAAGAAUACACAAGUGUACUCAUAAGAAAGCACUGUCGACUCUUAAUUUCCAAUAUAUCCAUCAAUUUGUAGUUAACUUUGAACGUGUUUUUUUUCACGAUUAAAAUAAAUAUAUAAAUGUAA